AUGGCCACAUUCGCCACUCUAAACGAAGACGUACUCGUCCUGAUCUUCUCGCACCUCGAAAAUGACCGCCCAGCCCUAUACGCCCUCGCGCUGACGUGCAGCUUGGCCUCUAGAAUCGCAACCCAGCUGCUCUAUCGCAAACUCAGUCUAAGCUUCCGACGCUCAGAGCCCGACCGCCGCUUUGACUUGCUGCUCCGCUCCCUCAACCAGCCAAACAGGAGAAGACGCCUUCAGCUGACCUCUUACAUCCACGACGUGCGCAUCGCCUGGCAAUCUGACCACCCUGCCAUGCGCCACCCAGACACGAUUGACUUUCUGCGCUCAAUAGACAAAUUACGCAAGCUGUCCCUCUUCGUUUCCAUGAACCCGCCUGUGUUACAAUACCGCCCGGGCCACCGCAUGAACCUCUCCCGACGAGCUGACCUCAGCUUCUGGCAUGUCUCCACACUACAUCACCUCCGAGAGCUGCAUCUCUAUCUCGAGGACCCCACCGACCAUCUGGCCCGCUUCAUGUGCCUAACUCCGGUCGACAUCAUCACAGUCAGACCCGGCCGUGACCAGCUGAAACCCGAGACCUUCUCCGCACACAACCUCCCACGACGACCCAAGCCCCUGACAAAGCUCGAGCUAUGGACCCACUACUCCUACGAGUCCCUGACAAACAUCUUUGCUGCCACAUCCGGCGUGAAGCACCUCGGCCUCUUCGAGCCCGGCAUCCGCUCCGGCAGGACCAACGCCAUCUGCCAGGACGGCCUCGCCCCCAUCAUGGCCACCACCUACUCUCCUCACGCCCUCUGCCUCGCCCUCGCCCCCCUCCACGACACCCUCACCACCCUCGACCUCUCCUCCGACGACACCCUCCACUGGCCCCACCACGACGACACCCGCCUCGACCUCCGCCCCUUCACCCACCUCACCCGCGCCACCACCGACUCCAAAUGCUUCUUCCCCGCCUCGACCCCGCCCGCCCGCCGCGCCUCCCCCCACCCCCUCCUCCCCCCGUCCCUGUCCUCCCUCACCCUCCUCUUCGACACCGCCACCACCGCCCUCGGCCCCGACGGCUCCGCCCACCACUGGCUCCUCGCCCUCGUCCAGUCCUCAUCAUCAUCAUCGACCCCCCUCCGCACCCUCGCCGUCCUCGAACGAAACCACGAGGGUGUCGCCUUCUGCGAGGUCUGCGUCCCCGUCGCUGGCAUCUACCCGUGGGAGCCCCCCGCCGCCGCCCGCCGCCUGCUCCGCGUCGCCGCGUCGUCGUCGCACGGCCUGGAGGUGAAGGUGGAGCUGCGCGUGUGGAGGCGCCCGGACCCGGAGGAUAUGCGUCAAGGCGUGCCUGGGGUGCCGGGGUCGAGGGAGGGUGGGCCGCCGGUGAGGGUGCCGGGGGUGGGGGACGUGGAUGGUGGGGAUGCGGGUGGGUGGGAUGGUGGGUUCCUUGAUGUGUGA